AUGGAGUCGCGAGCGCAGAUGAACACAUCUCUGCCAAAUAAACAUCAUCGUCCUGAAGCCACCUACAGGAGCUGCUCACAGUCUUUGCCGCUUGAUAUUCUAUGGUUGCCGCGGUCGUCAUUUCGGCCGGCGGAGGGCGAGCUGGCAGACUGCGUGCUAGUCGUGGGAGUGUCGCGGCCGAAGCUCGCCGCGGCCCUCCUGUCCGUCACGCUUCUCUCACUGUUCCUCACCUUUCACGUUCUCUAUGAUAGCGCCCUUUAUAGUAUACAGGCGGCAAGCAUGGCGUCCGCUGCCAGCGAGGGUCGAAAGAUAUUACAAAGUCAAGAAAGCAGUCGUACAAUAAGCCACCCUAUGGCCUUAAGGAAAAGGUUAAAAGCUCCACGCGCGCCGAGGCCGGCCAGACGACUCCCUCAGGCUUUAAUUAUAGGCGUGCGUAAAUGUGGGACGCGCGCUCUUUUGGAAAUGCUCUACCUCCAUCCGAUGGUUCAAAAGGCGUCGGGGGAGGUUCAUUUUUUCGACCGUGACGAGAACUAUGCUCUUGGCUUAGAAUGGUACCGAGGCAAAAUGCCUCUUUCAUUUAAAGGGCAAAUAACUAUAGAAAAAAGUCCUAGCUACUUCGUUACCCCCGAGGUACCUGAAAGAGUGCGUGCCAUGAAUUCAUCGGUACGUCUACUGCUCAUUGUGCGGGAACCAGUCACCCGAGCGAUUUCCGACUAUACCCAACUACGCAGCCGCGCGACUCCCUCAGCUCCCGCAGUAUCUCUUGUGGGACACCCACUACCGGAUGCUGCGAAACCAUUUGAACAUCUCGCGUUAGCACCCGAUGGGUCCAUUAACGUCGCCUAUCGGCCAAUAGCGAUAUCGUUAUAUCACGCGUAUCUUCAUCGAUGGCUGGAGGUGUUCCCGCGAGAGCAGAUUUUGGUAGUGAACGGCGAUCAGCUUAUAGAAGAUCCGGUACCACAGCUGCGACGUAUCGAGAAAUUUCUAGGAUUGGAACAUAAAAUUGGAAGAAAAAACUUCUACUUCAACGAAACUAAAGGAUUCUACUGCUUGCGUAACGACACCACGGACAAGUGCUUGCGCGAAACAAAAGGCCGUAGGCAUCCUCGGGUAGAUCCCGCCGUCGUCACCAAACUACGUAAGUUCUUUGUGCAGCACAACCAACGGUUUUACGAUUUAAUCGGGGAAGACCUCGGUUGGCCCGAGGAC